UUGACCGGGCUCGGCGGCCGUCGCUAUACUUGCCGCGUCGUGCCGAGCGUCCACCCCCAGCCCGUGACUGAGCAGUUGGCCGUCGGGAGCGACCUACGGACGGCCGGCUUCGCGCUUCAACUGCAUGAGAUAGAUGGCGCAGAAAGCGGCGUGGCGCUCCAUCUCAGCGGCAGGAUCGGUCCUGACAACGUCGAGCUGUUCCGUGAUCGCACCGACGCGGUGGUGGCAGCCGGGUUCCUUCGGCUGAUUCUGGACUGUGCCGCACUGCACACGCUGUCCGGCACGGCGAUCGGGGCGUUCGCCGCCCUGCAACGAAGGCUGCGACUGCGCGGCGGCGACCUGGUCCUGCUCAGACUGCAGGAGCCUGCGCACGAGCUGUUUCGGCUGCUCGGAUUUGCAGACCUGCUCACCGUCGCCACGGAGCUUGAGGAGGCGGUGUCCCGCCUCGCCUCGCCCGAUCAGACCGCACCGGCGGUCCUCUUCCCGCACGUGCUGGAAUGCCCCGCGUGCACGACCAGGCUUCGCGCCGUCAAGUCCGGUCGGUUUCGCUGCUCGAGCUGCCAGGCGGUCCUGGCAAUCAACAACGGCGCACAGGUAUUCGCAGCAUGA